CUUGAGAAGAUUAAACAAACCUAGUUGAUGCUGUUUUGUCUUUUUAAAGCCUUAACGUUGUAUUCGUUUUUAUUCUGGCAGGCUUUGACUGCAGUUUCCCAAAAUGUCUCGUCGAUAUGAUUCACGAACAACCAUCUUCUCACCUGAAGGGCGUCUGUAUCAGGUGGAGUAUGCCAUGGAAGCCAUCGGCCACGCCGGCACCUGUCUAGGAAUUCUAGCCAACGAUGGAGUGCUGCUGGCCGCUGAGAGGAGGAACAUCCACAAGCUGCUGGAUGAAGUGUUCUUCUCUGAGAAAAUCUACAAGCUGAAUGAGGACAUGGCGUGCAGUGUGGCAGGAAUCACAUCAGAUGCAAACGUACUGACCAAUGAGCUGAGGCUCAUAGCACAAAGGUACCUGCUACAGUACCAGGAGCCAAUCCCCUGUGAGCAGCUGGUCACAGCGCUGUGUGACAUCAAACAGGCCUACACCCAGUUUGGAGGAAAGCGUCCCUUUGGAGUGUCUCUGCUCUACAUGGGCUGGGAUAAACACUACGGCUUCCAGCUCUACCAGAGCGACCCCAGUGGAAACUACGGAGGCUGGAAGGCCACCUGCAUCGGGAACAACAGCGCUGCCGCUGUCUCCAUGCUGAAGCAGGACUUCAAGGAGGGAGAGAUGUCUCUUUCCACAGCUCUCGCACUGGCCGUCAAAGUUCUCAACAAAACCAUGGACGUCAGCAAGCUCUCUGCAGAGAAAGGUGUCGAUUUCAGUCAGAUACUGAACAUUCUAAAACUUUUCAUCUAUGAUCACACAAUACAACACACAGUACAGACAUCGUACAUUUAGACAAAUAACUAACAAUCCCAAGCACCUCUACAAAAUGUAUUAGAAUUCCUUCUACGUGAAAUGAAAAAACAGCUGGCUCAUAGAGAAACAUCAGACCCUCAAGGUUCCCUCGCCUCUAAAAAAAGCAAUUUAACAUUUCUCAACUCAUUCUUUCAGUUCAACAGCUUGCAACUCUACAGAUUGGCUCCAUUUUACGGCUCUUACAGCACAGUUUGGAGGCGCAGGAGGCAGCUAAACUGCAAGAACUAACUAAACAGAUUUAAAUCCAUGCGUCACUGCCUGCUCAGCACCAAUAGGAAGACAGUCAAAGAU